AUGUCAGUCGCUGCUUCUCCUGGUCUCGUAAAGACACGCUUCUUCAUCAUUUCAGAUACUCACGGUGAUGAUUUUAGAGCCCAAGAUGGUCCAAUUCCACAGGCAGACGUAGCCAUCCACUGUGGCGACCUGACGGAAGAAUCGAAAUUAGACGAAUUCCGGACAGCACUAAAGUCUUUUGCGGCAGUCCAGGCGCCGCUCAAGCUGAUAAUUGCCGGCAAUCAUGACUUCACUUUGGAUACCCCUGCCUUCAAAGAGAAAGUAGCCACAGCUCAGUCGUCUUUAGAACCAGACCUUGUCAAAAAGAUCUAUGGCGAUUACGGGGAAGCUCGACAACUCAUCGAAGACGCAAGAUCUGCUCGCAUUGUUUUCCUAGACGAGGGCGAGCACUACUUCACCCUCGCCAAUGGCGCCACCCUCACCGUCUAUGCCAGCCCUUUCACACCUUCACUCAGUGACUGGGGUUUCCAAUUCCACCCCAACGACGGCCACAAUUUCUCUAUUCGUCCCGGCGUGGACCUCGUAAUGACCCACGGCCCCCCAAGAGGGAUCAUGGACUACACAGACUCGAAACAACGGGCCGGCUCUACCGACCUCUUCGAGGCAGUGGCACGCGCCCGACCACGACUCCACUGCUUCGGACACAUCCAUGAAGGAUGGGGGGCGAAGAAAGUUGCGUGGCGCAAAGAGCCGACCGAGAAGCCUAGCCAUUUCACGGAUAUUGAUGGUGCGGGAACGAAGGUUGUGGAGACGUUGAAGGGCUUGAGGGCAGGCAAGUUCGAUAGUGAGGACGUCAAGAAAGAGAAGGAUGAGAGGGAUCUGGGGUUGAGACGACAAGGGUGCAUCAGUACGAGUCAUUGUGCUGGUGAUGAGGCGCCGCUGAGGUUCGGAGAGGAGACGCUGUUUGUGAAUGCGGCAAUUCAGAGCACGGAGGAGUGUUCGCUGCAGCUGCCGUGGGUGGUGGAUAUUGAGCUUCCUGCGGCCGAUUGA